AUGAGCUCGGUAGUGAAACCUUCUACCGCUCAGAGAAUCAGUCAUUAUGCGCGGUUCCCACCAACUGCGCUGUCGCUGGCUCAAAUGGCACAGUUUGGUCAAACCCCAUCUACAGCAACAGUUUACCGUGCAGCCCAGUUCAUGGCUGAUGAGCUGCCUGUACGUCUUGCCCACCGUGUUCGAGAGCUUGAGAAUUUACCGGAAGGACUCGGUGAAUCUCCCAGUAUUCAGCGUGUGCUAGGCUGGUACGUUAAGUCCUUUGAAGACAUUGUAGAUAUGCAGCAAUAUGCCCAGGAACGACUCCCAGACACAGUCCGCGCAAAUUUACUCCAAGUUUCCAGCGAAUCUCUGUCUAUGCCUGCAAAGCAGUUUAAUGACAAUGUUAAAGACGAUUACAUCAAGCCCACUCUCAAGACCCUCAAGGCUUUGGAGGAUGGCUCAAACCCAAAUGACCACAUCAACGAACAUCACAAUGAAGCACACCACAAGUCUUUCUUUGGCUCGCUAAAAGACAGACUCUUUAGCGGCUUUGGGGGAAGCCCUCUCACAAAGUUCGAUGGAGACCAAAAAUGGCCACCAGAGGUUCAUGAAUAUCUCGAUGCCUUUAAGGAUUGUCUUACAAAGGUGCGCAAGCGUCAUGAUGCCGUCGUCACUACCAUGGCUCAGGGUAUUAAGGAAUACUCUGAAAAGCACCGCCUCAAACAAGGAUCAUCUGCUAAUGGCUCUUUGGACCACCAUCGUAACAAUAAUCAUUAUAUGAAUUACAACUACGACUUUGGUGAUACCAAUGGUGAGAUUGUCAAGCGCCACGGCAUGAUUGAACCUGGUUUCCACGAGCAGCGUAUCCAGAGCUUCCUCGAUCGCUUUUUCAUGUCUAGAAUCGGAAUUCGAAUGCUUAUUGGUCAGCAACUUGCUCUCAUGGAAGGUCGGUUUGCCCCAGAUUACGUUGGCAUCAUUUGCACAAAUACUGGUGUCAAGGAGACCAUUCAGCACGCUGUCACAUUAGCAGAAGAAAUUUGUGAAGAUACCUAUGGCCUCUAUGAAGGCCCCAAGGUUAUAAUUGAGUGCGAUCCAGACCUUCGUUUCAUGUACAUUCCCGCUCACUUGUCCCACAUGAUUUUUGAAACAGUCAAAAACUCACUACGUGCUGUUGUGGAAAAGUAUGGCGUUGAUGUAGACUCAAAAACAUACCCACCAGUCACUAUUGUGGUUGGCGACGGCUCCGAGGACAUUACCAUUCGUAUCAGCGACAAGGGCGGCGGUAUUCCUCGUUCGGUUCAGCAGCGCGUGUGGAUGUACAAUUACACAACUGUCAAGGAACCUCCCAAAAUUGGUCCUGAAUUUAGUGAACCCAUGAUGGGCGCACCCAUGGCAGGUUUUGGCUACGGUUUACCCAUCACACGGCUGUACGCUCGAUACUUUGGCGGCGAUGUUGUUCUUCAGAGUAUUGAAGGCUACGGCACAGACGUUUAUAUGCAUCUCAACAAGCUCAGUACCCGUGAGCUCAUCUUUUAA